AUGUCGCAACUCAUUCCCGGGGCACUCGGUUUGAAAGUUAACCCCGGUAUGCUAGGACAAAUUAGGAAAAUGUCGUCAUUGAGGACUAAUCCAUUUGAGAAACUGAAAAGGUCCCUUAAGGGAACUGACAAACAAUACUUUGCACUUCCCGAUCUUCAGGAUCCACGCUUGUUGGAGCUCCCAUACUCCAUUAGGGUCUUAUUAGAGGCUGCAGUACGCAAUUGCGAUGAGUAUAGCACAACGAGUGGUGAUGUAGAAAAGAUUCUGGGAUGGUCCAAAAACAGCUUAAACAAGACAGAAAUCCCCUUUAUUCCAUCAAGAGUCUUGUUGCAAGACUUCACUGGAGUGCCUACAAUUGUGGAUUUGGCUGCUAUGCGUGAAUUCGUCUCAAAGGCUGGAAAGGAUCCAAAAUGCAUUAAUCCGCUUGUUCCAGUCGAUCUUGUCAUAGAUCAUUCUGUACAGGUAGAUUUUAGCAGAAAUGCCAAAGCUCUGAAAUUGAACCAAGAAACUGAAAUGAGUAGAAACUCUGAAAGAUUUAGAUUCCUCAAGUGGGGAGCACAGACCUUUAAAAAUACCCUAAUUGUACCUCCAGGAUCUGGAAUUGUUCAUCAGGUUAACUUGGAGUUCCUCGCACGUUCCCUAUUUGAAAAGGAUGGAUUAUUGUAUCCAGAUUCAGUUGUCGGAACAGAUUCCCAUACAACUAUGAUUAAUGGUUUGGGAGUUGUUGGUUGGGGUGUAGGUGGUAUAGAGGCUGAAGCCACUAUGCUUGGGCUACCAAUAUCUAUGGUAUUGCCAGAGGUUGUUGGAUUUGAAUUAGUUGGAAGGCCUGCAGAAAAUGUCUUCUCCACUGAUAUCGUGCUUGCAAUAACUUCAAUAUUGCGUUCCGGUCCAGGUGUUGUUGGAAAAUUUGUAGAAUUUACUGGAGAGGGUGUCAAGCAUCUAACUUUGGCUGAUCGUGCCACAAUUGCAAAUAUGGCACCAGAGUACGGAGCCACAAUGGGAUUUUUCCCAAUUGAUGACUUAACGCUCGACUAUUUGAGGCAAACCGGAAGAAGUCCAGAGAGGGUUGAACUCUUGGAUAAAUAUGCACGUGAAAACUGUUUGCAUGCCGGAGCGGCUCCAAACACAACAAUUAAAUAUACAUCUGUUAUCAGGCUAGACUUGAGUACCUUGAAGCCGUCAAUUGCUGGUCCAAAACGUCCUCAGGACAAUAUUGAGGUUACAAAAGUUAAGUCUACCUUUUCAACUCUCCUAACUUCUAAAGAUACUAAGGGUUAUGGAGUAGAAUCUGAUAAUAAGCCUUCCAAAUUCACAUACAAGGGAGAGGAUUAUGAGCUCAACCAUGGAUCCGUUGUUAUUGCAAGUAUAACAUCAUGCACUAAUACGAGCAAUCCUAGCGUUAUGUUAGCUGCUGGUUUGCUAGCCAAGGCUGCAGUAGAACAUGGUCUCUCUGUUAAGCCAUACAUCAAAACUUCACUUUCUCCAGGUUCCAAGACAGUAACAAGGUAUUUGGAAUUGAGUAACUUGAUCGAUCCAUUGGAAAAGCUCGGAUUCUAUAUUGCGGGUUACGGUUGCAUGACUUGCAUCGGUAACAGUGGUGAAUUGGAUCCUGAGGUCUCAGAGUGCAUAAACAACAACUCUCUUGUAGUUGCUUCUGUACUAUCUGGAAACAGAAACUUUGAAGGUCGUGUACACCCACAUACUAGAGCGAACUUUUUGGCCUCCCCACCACUCGUUGUGGCUUAUGCUCUUGCUGGCCGUAUCAAUAUUGAUCUUGCCACUGAGCCACUUGGUGUUAGCAAGAAGACUGGCAAACACGUCUACUUUAAGGAUCUUAUGCCAUCCAAGGAAUUGGUUGCACAGGUGGAGACGGAUCAUGUCAAAGCUGAGCUCUUUAAUGAGGUUUAUCAUAACAUCACCGAGGGUAGUGAUUCCUGGAAGGCGCUAGAAGCUCCAAAGUCUGAAUUGUAUCCAUGGGAUCCAGAAUCAACCUAUAUUCACCAUCCCCCCUUCUUUGCUGAUAUGAGUUUGAAAGAACUCAAACCCGUUUCUCCCAUCAAGGACGCCUCUGUAUUGCUUUACCUAGGAGAUAGUAUUACUACUGAUCACAUUUCCCCGGCUGGGAACAUUGCAAAGGGAUCAGCUGCAGCACAAUUUUUGACUAGCAAGAAUGUUCUGCCAAAGGAUUUCAAUUCUUACGGAUCAAGGAGAGGAAAUGAUGAAGUUAUGGCCAGAGGUACAUUUGCAAACAUAAGGCUAUCGAAUCUUUUAUGUCCAAAUCAAGGGCCAAAAACUAUACAUCAUCCUACCGGUCAACUUAUGAACAUAUUUGACGCAUCCCAACUAUACAAGAACAGCAACACAAAUCUAAUCGUAGUUGCUGGAAAAGAGUAUGGUACUGGAAGUUCACGCGAUUGGGCAGCAAAGGGACCAGCAUUGCUUGGAGUCCGUGCUAUCAUUGCAGAAUCAUUCGAAAGAAUUCAUAGAACAAAUCUAGUUGGUUGCGGAAUUCUUCCUCUACAGUUUAUGGACGGACAAAAUGCUGCCUCCCUCGGAAUCAAGGGAACUGAGAAAUUCACCAUUGAAAUCACAAAAAAACUUGGCCCAGGUGAAGUCGUAAACGUGGUCACAGAUACCGGACUCUCAUUCCAAACAAAAUGCAGAAUAGAUACACAAAUCGAGGGGGAAUAUUAUGCCCAUGGAGGUAUUCUACAGUAUGUUCUCAGGAAAAUCUGUAACUAG